AUGUGGGGAAAUAAUCCAAAUAAUUAUGGUGGUAAUACGGGAGAACGUAUGACUGAUAAUAUAAUUCAAAAUACUGUUCCUGGAGGACUAAACAGUGCAUUGGGUGAGCAAUUGGAUAACAUGAUGGGUGGCAAUCCCAAUCCAACGUAUGGUCAAAUUCACGGAGGUGCUCCUGGAGUUGGCGGUCAAUAUGGUGGUCAAUAUGGUGGUCAAUAUGGUGGUCAAUAUGGUGGUGAACAACAUCAUCAUCAUCAUUAA